AUGGGUGGAUCAGGUGGUUUAACUCUUAAUCGAUUGCUCGGCCUAUUGGCUGUUGUUGCUGUGUCAUUACCCUACACUGUGUAUGCUUCACCUGCCUGGAAUACAGUCAACGGUCAAUUCCCUAACGGCACCGAAUGUCCUCUUCCAACAUACCACGCUUAUGCUUGUUCACCUCUUUGUGUGCGUGACAUUGCCACUUGUCCUGAAUCUGUACGCCCCACAUGUCCACCUGGUCAAACCUACUGUGUCGAUGGCGAGUGCCGUGAUUCGUGUCCCUCCGAUUUACAAUCAGCAUGUGCUUGCCCUGGUGCUCCCUCGAUUACUGUUCCCGUCUAUGCUUGUAAAGAAGUUCGUGCCGAUAUCCCCAACUUUGUUGCCACCAACAAGACGGCUCAAAGUGCUGAAGCCUGUGCUUUGGAGAUGGGUCUAUCACCUUCGAUCGCUCCUUGGGAUGGUGCCAACCCACCUGAUAUGAUGUGGGGUGAAUGCCCUACACCUGACUAUGGCGAAUUGAACUUUCAUGAACCCGCUUUCAUUGCCUUAUACGUCUUUUACGGCUCUUGUGCUGCUAUGCUUAUCCUCUGGACCUUGUACAAACGCAUGCGUGAAAAGAUCAACAUGGUCGCCCUUUCAAAGAGAGCCAGGGACAACGGUGGAUUGGAUGAGAAAAAACGGGCUUCCAAUGACGAUAAGAGCUCCUCUCAUACUUCGGAUGAAAAGAAAGCACCCGGCAAUUCGGGUAACGACAAUGAUAGCGUUUCCGAUCAAUCCACUGAAGGCGAUGAUGACAUGCUUAUCAAGGCCUACAAGCGUGAUUUCAUUGGCGUGUUUUGCUUUGCACUCUACAUUAUCCAAACCAUUGGCAUGGUCGCAUACAUGAUUAUGAUGGUCAAGGACUACUAUCUUGAAUACCUCCUUUUCCGUGGCUCUCAGAUUGUUCAAAGCUCCACCUUCAUUGGCAUGUGGUACAUUUUCUUUAUCUGGUUCUCUUGCCUUGCUAUCUUCAAGCCUCGUUUGAUGAACUUUUUCCGCAUCCGCUGCUCUUAUCAUGAAGCUGAUUAUGUCCAAGUCGAAAAGCACCAGCCACCUCUCAUCUUCUUGCAGGAUCAAUCCGACAAGCUCACUGAUAUCGUUCGCUAUAUGGAAAACCUUGGCCGCAAGUUGAUGGGCAUGGAUGUCGUUGUCACCACUUCUCAAAUGAAAUCCACCAACUCGGGUGCACGCUACUUUGUCUAUCAAUGCACUCGCUACGUCUAUGACAACGAGACCGAAACCUUCAAGCCUCACUCUUUCGAAUUGGGUGACACCAAUGCCAGCUUUACUCGCUUGGGCAGUGGUUUAUGGUCCGAAGAAGCUGCUCGUCGUGAAGAACUCAUUGGCCGCAACUUUAUUGAUGUCUAUGUCCCUAACGUGGCAAUGGCUAUCUUGCGUGAAUUCUCGGUCUUUUUCUACAUUUACCAAUUCUCCAUUCUUUGGCUCUUUUAUUACUUUGCAUACUGGCAAGUUGGUAUUGCAGACACAGCUGUCAUUCUGCUUUCCGCUUUUGUCAAGGUGUUUGUUCGUCUUCGAUCUGAACGCCGUAUCAAAAAGAUGGCCGAGUUCACUGACAAUGUCAAUAUCUUGCGUGAUGGCCAAUGGAAGGAAAUGUCCACUGCUGAUUUGGUCCCUGGUGAUGUAUUUGAAGUCGCUGAAAAGAAGACUACCCCUUGUGAUGCCGUCAUCCUCACUGGCAACAUUGUCGUUGAUGAAAGCUCCUUGACGGGUGAGCCUUUGCCUAUUCGCAAGUUCCCUCUUCGAAGCGAUGAUGAUUCGUUCUAUAGCCGUGUUGGCUCUGGCAAGAUCCAUACCAUCUUCUGUGGCACUACCAUUUCUCAAGCACAACCCACAAAGGAAGGCGAGAAGGUUACUGCUCUUGCUACUCACACUGGUACUGCUACCGAUAAGGGCUUGCUCGUCAAGAAGAUUCUUUUCCCUGCACCUGUGUCCUUUAUUUUCAAUGAGCAAAUCAAGAUCACUAUUCUCAUCCUUCUUUGCUUUGGUCUUAUUUGUCUUGGUCUUGCUAUUUGGUUGUAUGCCACUGGCACCAGUGCUUGGUUGUACGCCAUGUUUGCCAUUGGUCAGCUUCUUUCUCCUUUGCUCCCUGCUGCUCUUGUCGUCGGUCAAUCGGUUGCUUCAGGUCGUCUUCGUGAUAAGAAGAUCUACUGUGUGGAUCUUCCUCGUAUCUUGAUGGCUGGCAAAGUACAAUUAUUCUGCUUUGACAAGACUGGUACCUUGACUAAGGAAGGCUUGGAAUUCUUUGGUGCUCAACCCAUUGCUGAUAUGAGCAGCCUCUCUGCCAGUGAAAAGGGCACCGAAUCGGUUCCUACAUUUGGCGAACAUGCUGCUAAGGUUGCUGACGUUCCUCGUUUGAUGCAAAUUGGCCUUGCUACUUGCCACGCUGUCACCACCUUGAAUGGCCAAUUCAUUGGUAACCCUGUUGAUAUUGAAAUGUUCCGUUCUUCUGGUUGGACUCUUGAAGAUAAGAAGGGCAUGGAAGAUGCUGUUGAUACUUUGACCCCGCCAUCCACUGCUGAAAUCAAGGAGCCCAUUCACGUGCUCAAGCGCUUCGAAUUCGUUCACGCUCGCAUGUCCAUGUCUGUUGCCAUUCUCGAUACGUACACCAACAAGGUCCACAUCUUUGUCAAGGGUGCUUAUGAAAAGAUCAAGGACUUGUGUGAGCCUGAAUCUGUUCCUGCUGACUAUGACUUGACAACUUCCAACUUGGCUCGUCAAGGUUGUUAUGUGCUUUCUCUUGCCCAUCGUGAAAUCGAUCUCGAGCAAAUUGGUGGUAUCAAUGCUUUCCGCAACUGGUCUCGUGAUCAAAUGGAAGAACAAAUCCGCUUCGCUGGUCUUAUCAUCUUCAAGAAUCAACUCAAGGAGGAUACUACUGAAAACAUUGCUGCCCUUAAGGGUGGUGAUACACGCACUAUUAUGAUUACCGGUGACACGGCAUUGACUGGUGUCUUCAUUGCUCGUCAAUGUGGUAUGGCACUUCCCAACUCACGUAUUUUGCUUGGUGAUCUUGAUAAGAAGAGCAACCGUAUUGUAUGGACCGAUGUGGAUGAGCCUGAAACCUUCCCUGAUGAGGAUCCCGACAAGUAUUUGAUGAACAAGGAACACACCCCUAUUGAAUUGGCUGUUACUGGCAAGGCUUUCCAAUGGCUUGUUGACAAUGACAUGAUCCGCAAGUACCUUUUGGAUAUUCGUGUAUUCGCUCGUAUGACUCCUACCGGCAAAGUUCAAUGUGUGCAACUUCAUAUGGAACGUGGUAUCACUGCUAUGACGGGUGAUGGUGGUAAUGAUUGUGGUGCUUUGCGUGCUGCUCAUGUUGGUAUUGCCAUGUCCGAUGCCGAAGCCUCUAUCGUGUCGCCUUUCAGCACUAGCAUUCGUAGCGUCAAGUCAUGUGUUGAAUUGCUCAAGGAAGGUCGUGCUGCUCUUGCUACCUCGCUCACCGGUUACAAAUACCUCAUCAUGUAUGGUCAAGUCAUGGUCAUGCUCAAGAUUUAUACUUUCUAUUUCUCGGUCACUAUGCCUCAAUACGUGUGGAUUGCUAUCGAUGUCUUCAUCACCGUGUUCUUGACAUGGGCUGUAUCACAAUCCAGAGCUGCCGACAAGCUUGAACCUCAACGUCCAACCGCUCGUUUGCUUGGUCCUCAAACCAUGGCAUCCACUCUUGGCUUGGUUGGUAUCAAUUGGAUCUACUUGUGCUGUGCAUUCUACAUGUUGUACCAAGAAGAUUGGUUCCGUUGCAAUGAAUUUGACAGCAAUGCCUCUGAUCUUUCAAAGUGGUGGUUGUUGGCUGACAAUUACGAGGCCGAACUCUUGACCAUUGUGGGCAUGUUCAUGUUCAUCAACAAUGCCGCCGUAUUCAGUUUCGGUUACAAAUUCAGACGUGCUAUCUACCGCAACUACCCUAUGCUUUUCUUGUGGGCCUUGUACAUCGCCAUUGUUUCGUAUUGGACCCUUGCCGAUCCCAACCGCUUUGGCUGCUUGUUCCGUAUCAACUGUGGUACUCCUCAAGUCCUUGAAGACCUUGGAUACCCUGUUCCACCAACCUACAUUGAACAAUACAACUCACCUCUCGGCCACAACAUCAUGCCUUGGGACUUCCGUUGGCGCUUGUGGGGUCUUUGUGUUGGUAACAUGGCAACGACCUUGAUCUACGAACGUUUCGUUGUCUUGGGACCUGUACACACUUACUUGGCCAACAAGUUCCCUGUCAAACGUUUGGUGGUCACUCGAUAA